GAACGUAGCUUAAGUCACAUUGGUAACAUGCCACCGACUCCUGUCCAUUUCUGCUUAGACCGCUUCUGCGUUGCUGAUUAUUUCCUGACUCUAAAUGGAAGUGGAAGUAAUGCUGGAGUGAAUUAGAUACUGGAAUAAUAUAAAGACAUUUUGUAUUGCAAGAGUCAGACUGUGAUACACGGGAACCGGUUUCUGUACAUCCAUAAUCAUCUAAGCGAUGGAUCAGCAUUCCCAUGGAGAGAUCCAGACCUCGCUCCCCGACCUCUUGUUGCAGUCUCUGGAGGAGCUCAUUGAUGAUGAGCUGAAGAAGUUUAAAUUUAACCUGAAUCACCUGAGGUAUAAAGAGUAUCAGCCCAUUCCAAGGGGUCAGCUGGAGAACCUGAACAGAACAGACCUCGCCAACAAGAUGAUACGUUCUUACGGUGAAGUCGGUGCUCUCAAUGUCAUGCUUGAAAUCCUGAAGAAGAUGAACCUAAAUGAUCUUGUUCAGAGACUGAGUAAAGUCCUGCAGAAAGCAGGAAGUGAGCUGGGUGACAUACUGGAGCAGAGGGAGCUCAUGUCCAGCACGAUGAAAAGUAACCUGAAGCAGAAGUUUGAGUGUGUAUAUGAAGGGAAAGCUAAGGAAGGACAGCGAACACUUCUCAGUGAGAUUUACACAGAACUCUACAUAACUGAAGGUGGGACUGGAGAAGUCAAUGAUGAACAUGAAGUGAGACAGAUUGAAACAGCACCCAAGAAAAGGCGAACAGAAGAUACUACAGUCAAGUGCAAUGAUAUAUUUAAACCCUUAUGUGGGCGUAAGACACCUUUCAGAACUGUACUCACUAAAGGGGUGGCAGGUAUCGGGAAAACAGUCUCUGUGCAGAAAUUUAUUCUCGACUGGGCAGAAGGAAAAGCAAACCAGGAUGUUCACUUAAUAUUUGCUUUUCCUUUCCGGGACCUGAAUUUGAUUAAGGAUGAAUACAGUCUAAUUGAACUGCUUCACCGCUUUGUCCCAGAACUGAAAUCACUUGACUCCACUGAGGUGUUUAGGUACAAAGUCUUGUUCAUCUUUGAUGGUCUGGAUGAGUGUCGCCUUUCUCUAGAUUUUCAGAACAAUGAGAGCUGGUUUGAUGUAACAAUGAAAAUGUCACUGGAUGUGCUGUUGACUAACUUCAUUAAGGGGAAUCUGCUUCCAUCUGCUCUCCUCUGGAUAACCUCCCGGCCAGCAGCAGCCAAUCAGAUACCUCCUGACUGCAUCCACCGGGUGACAGAGAUACGAGGGUUCAGUGAUGCCCAGAAGGAGGAGUAUUUCAGCAGGAGAUUCAGUGAUGAGAGCCUGGCCAGCAGGAUUAUCACACAUGUGAAAUCAUCAAGGAGCCUCUUCAUCAUGUGCCACAUACCUGUGUUCUGCUGGAUUUCAGCUACUGUCCUUGAGACGCUUUUUAGUGAGACUGACAGGGGAGAAAUUCCAAGGACUCUGACUGAAAUGUACACACACUUCCUGAUUCAUCAGGCAAGUUUUAAAAAUGACAAGUAUAUGAAAAACUAUGAAAGCAAGCUAAAUGAAAACAGCAAGGAAUUCCUUUUGAAACUUGGUAAAUUGGCUUUUGACAACCUUGAGAAAGGCAAUCUCAUAUUUUAUAAGCAAGAUCUGACAGAGAAUGACAUUGAUGUCACUGAAGCUUCAGUUUACUCUGGAGUGUGCACAGAAGUCUUUAAAGAGGAAUAUGGGCUGUAUCAGGAGAAGGUGUACUGCUUUGUGCAUCUGAGCAUCCAGGAGUAUCUCGCUGCUUUAUAUGUGUUUCUGUCAAACUCAUCAGCUGACCUGCUGAAUACUGCAGUGGAUCAGGCAUUAAAGAGCAAGAAUGGACACUUGGACCUCUACCUCCGCUUCCUCCUGGGCCUUUCAACAAACUCCAGUAAGACUCUGUUACAAAGGCUACUGGGAGAGACAAGAACCAACUCACAUAACAUUGAGGAAACAGCCAAAUACAUCAAGUGGAAAAUACAGGAGAAUUUAUCUCCAGAAAGAACCAUCAACCUGUUCCACUGUCUGAAUGAACUGAGUGACAAUUCUCUAGUAGAGGAAGUACAAAGAUACCUGAAUUCAGGAAGCCUUUCAGCAGAAGACCUCUCACCUGCACUGUACUCAGCUCUGGCCUUUGUGAUGCUGAUGUCAGAUGAGGAGCUGGAUGUGUUUGAUCUGAAGAAAUUCAUCAGAUCAGAUAAAGAGCACAGGAGGCUGCUGCCUGUGGUCAAGAACUCCAGGACGGCUCUGUUGAACAGCUGCGAUCUCAUAGAUAAACACUGUGAAGUGUUGACUUCAGCUCUAAGAUCAAACUCCUCACCCCUGAGAGAGCUGGACCUGAGUGACAAUGAUCUGCAGGAUUCAGGAGUGAAGCUGCUCUCUGCUGGACUGGGGGAUUCACACUGUAAACUGGGGAUAUUGAGGCUGUCAGGCUGUAGAGUCACAGAAGAAGGCUGUUCUUCCCUGGCUUCAGCUCUGAGGUCAAACCCCUCACACCUGAGAGAGCUGGAUCUGAGCUACAAUCACCCUGGAGACUCAGGAGUGAAGCUGCUCUCUGCUGUACUGGAGGAUCCCAGCUGUAAACUGGAGAAGCUGCAGGUGAGCUGGUGUGAACUCACCGAGAAAUGCUGUGAGGUGCUGGCUUCAGCUCUCAGAUCAAACCCCUCACACCUGAGAGAACUGGACCUGAGUGACAAUAACCUGCAGGAUUCAGGAGUGAAGCUGCUCUCUGCUGGACUGGGGGAUUCACACUGUAACCUGGAGAUACUGAGGCUGUCAGGCUGUAGAGUCACAGAAGAAGGCUGUUCUUCCCUGGCUUCAGCUCUGAGGUCAAACCCCUCACACCUGAGAGAGCUGGACCUGAGCUACAAUCACCCAGGAGACUCAGGAGUGAAGCUGCUCUCUGCUGUACUGGAGGAUCCCAGCUGUAAACUGGAGAAGCUGAAUGUGGAUCACAGUGGAGAGUGCAGGACCAGACCAGGCUUUCAGAAAUACUCCUGCCAGCUGACGCUGGACCCCAACACAGCAAACAGACUCCUGUCUCUGUCAGGGGGGAACAAGAAGGUCACACGGGGGGCAGAGCAGCCAUAUCCUGAUCAUCCAGAGAGAUUUGAUGGCCGGUGCCCCCAAGUUCUGUGCAGAGAGAGUCUGACUGGCCGCUGUUACUGGGAGGCUGAGUGGGAUGGAGAUGGAGCCUGGAUAGGAGUGACUUAUAAAGGGAUCGGGAGGAAAGGAGGGAGUGACUGUCAGCUUGGAGACAAUGACAAGUCGUGGAGUCUGUGGUGUUAUACUGACAGUUACUCUGUCUGGCACAAUAAUAAACAUACUCUCAUACCCAUACGGCCCUCAGGCUCCCGCAGAGUAGGAGUGUAUCUGGACUGGGGGGCUGGUGCUCUGUCCUUCUACAGAGUCUCCUCUGAUGGACUGACCCCCCUGUACAGAUUCACCUCCUCAUUCACUGAGUCCCUCUAUCCAGGGUUUUUUGUUUAUAGUGACUCCUCAGUGUCGCUGUGAUGUGUUGCUGGUUCUCCUGGCAAAAAGGUAAAAUCUCUGCUUUUUAACAUUUCUAAUCCUUUUUACUCUGAAAUAUAUGUUUGACAAAAAUAAGUUUUUCUCUCUGACUAAAAUAUAACUAAAUGUAAUCCUGAUGGGGGGGGGGGGGGCUUUCCCCCUCCCCUGUAUAUGUACAUUUUAUAUAUUUACGCCUAUUUACUGUAUUUCCUCGCUGUACAAUGACAAUAAAGGCUUUCUGUUCUGUCCUA